GAAGACUGCGGUGUGAUAAUUGCGCUUGGAAAUAAUUUAUAAUAAUUUCAGUGUGAAAAAAUAAAUUUAUUUAAUUAUUAUUUAAUAAUUCUUAGUAUAAAUCCAAAUUCAUUUUAAGUUACUAAUAUGGCGAAUAAAUAUUUUACUGCAAUCGCAAUUGCUUUGAUUUGUGUUGGGUUUGCCGUAAUAAUUAACGGACAGGAAAAACCUGUUACUGAUAUAUGUCUUGGUUGCAUAUGUGAAGCUAUUAGUGGCUGCAAUCAAACCGCUAUUUGUAGUGGAGGCGUGUGUGGACUUUUCCGUAUUACAUGGGCGUAUUGGGCCGAUGGUGGCAAAUUGACUAUAAAUAAUGAAGAUCCACAAUCUGAAUCGGCUUAUCCAAAUUGUGUAAAUGAUGCUUACUGUGCAGCGAAUACAAUCCAAAACUAUAUGUCGAAAUUCGGUCAAGAUUGCAACAAUGACAAUGUGGUCGACUGCUAUGAUUAUGCGGCAGUUCAUAAAUUGGGUGGCUACGGAUGCAAGGGUGAAUUAGGUUAUCAAUAUUAUUCAACUCUGCAAAAUUGCCUAAAUUCAUUUCAAAAUUUAGAUGUAAGAACUGCCAAAUAAGUUUUAUUCUUUAUAUAUAUAUAUAUAUAUAUUGUAUGUAUAAGCUUUCAAAUUCUGAUAUUAAUUUGUAUUGU